GAAAAAAGUUAGAUUUGAUCUGAACAUAAAACGGAACAAUUCCCUCAACCUGAUCUCCUCAAACUUCUUCUAGAUCUUUCACCACUUCAUCUUCAUAUAUUCAAAUUCAUUCACACAAGUUUCUCAAAAUUCAGAACCCUAAGUUCAUGAUUCAGCCAACUGUUCAACAUUUUAACCGCCAGAAAUCACAACUGAUUCUGUAAGUCUGUUGAAUCUACCUGAAUUAAGCACUUGAUCUGUUUAUAUUGUGCGUGAAGAGUUAGGGUUUUAUUAACAAAAUACACACAGAAAUGCCAUUGGAAUCGUCGAUUUCAGAUCAUGAACCUGACGAUUCCGAUACUGAGUUCGUUGAAAUCGAUCCAUCCGGUCGUUACGGUCGGUAUAAAGAAGUCUUGGGGAAAGGUGCUUUUAAAAAAGUAUACAAAGCGUUUGAUGAAUUGGAAGGGAUUGAAGUAGCUUGGAAUCAAAUAAAGGUUUCGGAUUUCUUGAGGCAUCCGGAGGAGCUAGAGCGUCUAUACUCGGAAGUUCAUUUGCUUAAAACGCUUAAGCAUAAGAACAUUAUAAAAUUUUACAGUUCUUGGGUUGAUACAACGAAGGAGCACAUCAACUUUAUUACUGAGAUUUUCACAUCCGGAACGUUAAGACAGUACCGCAAAAAACAUAAACAUGUAGAUCUUAGAGCAUUAAAGAAGUGGUCUAAACAAAUAUUGGAAGGACUUUUGUAUCUUCAUAGUCAUGACCCACCUGUUAUACAUCGCGAUCUGAAAUGUGACAACAUUUUUGUCAAUGGGAAUCAAGGUGAGGUCAAAAUCGGUGAUCUCGGAUUGGCAGCCAUUCUUCGCCAGGCCCGUUCUGCACACAGUGUCAUUGGUACUCCUGAGUUCAUGGCACCUGAGCUUUAUGAGGAGGAAUAUAAUGAACUGGUGGAUAUAUAUGCCUUUGGAAUGUGCUUACUGGAAUUGGUGACGUUUGAGUAUCCUUAUUCCGAAUGUGCGAAUGCUGCUCAGAUAUACAAGAAAGUAACAUCGGGUGUCAAACCGGCUUCACUAGCUAAAGUUAAGGAUCCUGACAUCAGAUCGUUUGUAGAGAAAUGUAUUGCUAAGGUUUCUGAUAGAUUAUCCGCAAAGGAGUUACUAAUGGAUCAGUUUCUGCAUGAUGACCAUAGGGAUAUUGUUAAUAGACCAGCUCAAUCCAAUUCAUAUCCAGAUGAUGAUGCCAAUAGGCUUGACAAUGGUGAUAUUGGUAGAGAUUUCACAGUCAAAGGUCAAAUGAGAGACUUGAAUACAGUAUUCCUAAAGCUACGAAUAGAAGAUACCACAGGUCAUGUUCGGAACAUUCACUUCCCAUUCGACACAGACAACGAUACAUCAAUAGCUGUUGCUAGUGAAAUGGUUGAAGAACUGGACUUAACAGAUCAAGACGUGUCCACAAUUGCAGAAAUGAUCGAUGCAGAAAUCCGUUCAUGUAUUCCAGAUUGGGCCCCACGAGAUUUCUUUGAUGAUCAAGAAGAUAAUGAACCUACAGCCUCUGUCGACUCAACCUCUGACCACCCAGAAAACGAGUCCACAUCCCCUUUGACCGAUAAACCUUGUUCCGCACCUGCCCUUUUAGCCCUUGAAAGAUUACCGUCGGGUCGUAGAUACUGGAGUGACUCACCUAAAGGAUGUUUUACUCCUCCAUUUAGACCAGUACCGUCAAAUUAUUCUGAAGAAAACACACAAAAAACAGAUGAAACUUCUCCAGAAAGAGAAGAUGAUGAUAAAGUUGAAGUUAUUGUGGAAAAGCUUGAGAAUUUGUUAAUUGAGCAGCAAAAAGAAUUGGAAGAGUUGAAAAGGAAACAUGGUUUGGUCGUUUCGGAUAUCUUGAAAAAACUUCCUCCAGAAACGCGUCAAGAAGUUGUGAACAUCUGUAAAGUCGAGAUCAUUGAGGCAUCUGACCAUGAGAUGUAAGGUAAGGUAUUCAUUUUAAUGUUCUAAAGUUCACAGAGUUUGAUAAUAUUAGGACAUCCCUAUAAAUACAAAAAGACAUCUAAAGUAUUUUUUGAAGUAUAUAUACUUUUUAUUCGUUGAACAUCUCAUACGUCUUCUUGUAAUUGUUAUAAAUUUUCAAAGUUUUUGCAUUUUUUUAAGUGUAUGUUUGUACAUACAAACGGAUAUACUCUUUAUGUAUUAAUAAAAACGGGUAUUGUAUGUUCUCA